CUCAACAAUCUUAUCUGAGACCGAAACCAAAACAAGGUUUCUCGACGCUCAUGCUCACAAGGACGAUGAGCACAUGAAGCACAGUGUGUUUGUUACCGGUAUCCUAUCGUAUCGCUUCUCACUGGUAUCGUAUCGUAUCUCAAUUGGGAGUUGUGAUGAUUGCAGAUAGAUGACGAUGUGACCAUAAAAACAGAAUCGACAGAAUCGAAAACAAUACAGACAAACCACACGAUAAAACAAAGCAUAAAAUCCAACCGACAAGAUGGGCACUAUUUCCGCAGCAAAGAUUGAAAACAAUGUCAACAGUGACGGAAAGUUGGCUGCCAAAGACUAUUUUGUGAAUCAUGUCAAUCAAGUAGUCGCCGAGGUGGACCAGCGAAUGAAUGGCGAAUUGGCCCAAGAACCCAGCGAGUAUCCUUGCAUUGACAUUAGCUCUUGGAUGACAACGGACAACAAGAAAUUCAACCAAGAAGACCGCGACAAAGUGGCGGCACAAGUCGCCCAGCAAGCCAUUGAAGCUGGCUCUUUCAACAUUGUGGGCCAUGGAAUCGAUCUGGAGUUCUUGGAUCGCCUGGAUGAACAGUCCAAAAAGUUCUUUGGCAUGUCUUUGGAAGACAAGAAAAAGCACUCCAUCGAGGCGAGCCACCACGGUUAUAUCCCCAUCCAAAGCGAAAGCGCCAGCACCAUCUACAAUCGGCAAGACUGCAAAGAAACCGAGAAAAAGGAUCUACGAGAACUUUUCGCCGCUGUGUAUCCCGUGGAAGGCAAUGAAAGUGAGGAGCCUAGCUUUUAUCGGGAGGUACUCAACGAGUUCAUGCAUCACAUGAACAAGCUGGAUCGGGUCCUUCAUAAGAUACUCGCGCUUGCCCUCGCUAGAGCAAAGGGAGUCACUCUUCCUGAAAGCCUCUUCAACGACGCCAAAGGAACCGCCACGGCAGGUCUUUUGCGAGUCUCCCACUACGCCAGCAUGCCACCCGAAUUUGACAAUGCCUUCAAACUGGCCCCACACUCGGAUUGGGGCCCUCUCACAAUCCUCUACUCUCAUCAAGUUCAGGGAUUGGAAGAAGAACGUGAUGGAAAAUGGAUCCAGGUCCCCGCCCGCAGGGGCGAAGUCCAUAUUGUGAUUGGGGAAGUCAUCUCGGCUUGGUCCAACUUGCUCUUCAAGAACAAUGUCCAUUAUGUCAGCCAGCAAGCACCACCGGACAGGGUCUCCUAUGCCUACUUUUGCGGACAAGGAUUUGAUCUGACCCGUAGGGACACGGACGAGGAUGGCAUGGAACCUGUUUGUGCACCCGGGGAAACUCCCAAGUUCGGAAGGAUCUCUCCUCGCUCUCACCUUUUGGAGUAUACCAAGGUUUACCUUAGUAGUAACGAAUAGAAAAGAGCGCCAGUUGGAGUGGAGUGAGGGUAUGCAUGGAGAAGAGUAUGAGAGAUUUGGCACUUGAGGCAAGCAAGCGUCUGAAUGGUCUAGAAGUAAGUCAAGACGCAAAGGGUGCUGGAUGUUGUGCGCGGCAGGAGGGAAGGAGACAGAGCCAAGUGGCAACCGUUGUGUUCGUUCUAUGGAAAAGAUAAAGCUCUAGCUAACCAGAACUAGGAUAGUUGCUACUCGUGCCCUCCACUGGACCCCGUUCUAGCUAGGUUCUAGCAAUGUAUGUAUCAUAGGCGAC